AUGAAGGCGCACAACAUCAGGACCCUCUGUCUCAUCAUCUCCAUCGUUUUCUACCUGCUCAUUGGAGCCGCCGUCUUCGACGCACUCGAGUCGGACAGCGAGAGUUCAAAGAAGAAGGCACUGGAGCUGAGGCUGAACGAGCUGAAGAAGAAGUACGGCUUCACCGAGGAUGACUACAGGGAGGUGGAGAGGGUGGUCCUCCAGUCAGAGCCGCACCAAGCUGGGAGGCAGUGGAAGUUCGCCGGCUCUUUUUACUUUGCAAUCACUGUUAUCACCACGAUUGGUUAUGGACAUGCUGCUCCACGCACUGAUGCUGGCAAGACCUUCUGUAUGUUUUACGCUGUCUUGGGCAUUCCUCUGACACUGGUCAUGUUCCAGAGCCUGGGCGAAAGGAUCAACACAUUUGUCCGCUACCUCCUACGCAGAGCCAAGCAAGGCCUGGGUUUACGGAAGACUGAGGUGUCCAUGGGGAACAUGGUCCUGGUGGGUCUGUUGUCAUGCAUGAGCACUUUGUGUAUCGGAGCUGCGGCCUUCUCCCACUUUGAGGACUGGACCUUCUUUAAUGCCAUGGAGGCGGGAACAAGCUGUAUGAAUCUCCUCCCCUCUCCUGUAGAGGAGUGCAGACAAGUUUUAUCUGAGCACUCGAAGCUCCCUGAACCCAGCAGACUCAGGGCUUUGUUCUCCUGCAUGUGCUGUGGCCUGGACACUGACGGCAGCUCCUCUUCACCUGACCAUGAUGAGAUGGGUGGCCACAGCAACCCUGUCUUUUACAACUCCAUCUCCUAUAGGGUGGACCACAGCUCGUGCAGCUCCUGCACUGCAUCGUCACAGACCUCCCCCAGCAGUCCAGCUCUCUGUCUGGGCAAGAACCAUCCUCACACCAGGAGGAAGUCUUUAUAA